AAAGGCAUUUCCUAUAUUUCAAAUACAUCUAUUGUAAUUUGUUAGAUUUUCUGGCAGCAUUUUGUAUUUUAUUUUAAAACAUUUAUUUUAGGGGUAUUUUCUAUCAAAAUACAUUUUGAUGUACUUUGGCCCAUCUCUGUUGGCGGAGACUCUUAAUAGAGGAUAAUUUCAAUAUGAGUAAGUAUAAGCUCCACUCUUAAGGAAGGUAGGGUCUACCCAAUAGGACCAGGCCUGCCUGCAGCCGUGCAUGCAGAACUCGCUGCAUCAUCCCCUGCAUCAUCCGUGCUGCAGUGUGAUCCUGCUCGUGAACACACCCUGCUGCAGCCCGCACAGCACCCGGCGCCCCGGUGGUAGGCUGCACUGACCGAGCAGGGACGGAGAGACGGCGAGCCGCUGGAACAUUGCAGAGCAGCAGGAUGGCUUUUGAUGACAAAGAUCCAACGCCUGCAUUGGGGACCCUUUCCCCGGGCCAACUGCAGUCCCACCUCAAGAUGGAGCCAAAGACUCUAGGAGCAAUCCAGAUCGUUAUUGGGGCUUUGAUUCUCUGUCUGAGCGCCUCUGUGCUGCAGAUCCAUGAGGUCCACUUUACAGGAGAUGUAGCCCUCUUUCUGAUAGUUGUCAUACAGGUGACCUUGUCUGGUUCAGUGUUGGUCCACAGUGGAAGGAAACCUACUCUGUUUUGGGUGAAAUUCGUCCUGGUGCUACACCUCAUCAGUGCUGCAUUUGCCACAGCUGCUUUGGGUCUCAUGUCCAAACAUCUACCCUACCGCCAGGACUCUUACCACUGUGAACACUGCCGCAGACUGGAGCUACAUGCCGUGCAACAUUGUUUCAGAAAAUGCACCGGGCUGAUCGAGCAAAAGUGUAAACUCUUGAUUGACGGGAUCCUGGGCACGCUGGUGAUUUUCCUGGUGCUGGAGCUGUUGAUUUGCAUCACAGCCAUGCUGUUUGGACUGACUGUCCUAGCUGCUGGUGGAACCCAGGCUCCCAGUAAGAGACCUGUCUAUCCUCAGACGCGCCCUCCACUCGUUCAAGCUACGCAGACCCCUCCAGCUGCAGCCGAGGCGUCUCAGGUGGCUGUAGUUGUGACCGGACCAGACUCAGAGCAGAUGGAGGACAUCUCAACCCCACCCACUGAACCCCAAGUGGAACCAAUAGAAUCUGUGACAACACAGCCGUGAACUCUGCAAACACGGCUCACUAUGUUAUGUCAUGGCAGAAUGUAAAUACGGAUGUCACCUGAGAAAAACUGUUCUUGUCAGACUCAUUUAGGUCAUUAAACUCUUGACCAUUAUAAUGUAAAGGAAUAUAAGAAUUAUUGUGGAAUUAAUAAAUGUGUAAGCGAUUUGUAAGGGGUAGUCAUCCUUUUACUUCUGGCAUAACAUGAUCACAGAAUUGUAUUAGCACUUCUGCAACUACAGCACUGCAUGUAUUGCAUAUAUGAUAUGGAUCAAUGUAACUAGUUCAUGUUGAUGUAUUCGUCAAAUAUGUAUAUCAAUAAAAGAAUAGAGAAAUAAGAAUUCAGAAAUAUAAAAGUGACACACACACAAACAGCCAGAUUCUUAGCUUGUAAUACGGGGGUCAGGCUCAGAUUCUGGACACAAAUAGUAUGUAGUACAAUAUAUUCACGUAUCUUAAGAGUCCAUGCAUUGUUUGGGCGACUGUGGGUGAGUGGGGAGCACGGUUGUCCUCCAAUCAGAGGGUUGCCGGUUCGAUCCCAAGCUCUGCUAACCCACAUGUUGAUGUGUCCUUGGGCAAGACACUUAACCCAACAUUGCUCCUGUAGCUACGACUACAGUGUGAGAAUGUUAGUUACUGAUGUGCAGGUGUCACUGUGUAUGGUUCUCCUGUCAUCAGUGUAUGAAUGGGUGUGAAUGGGUGAAUGAUGUCAUGUAGUGUUAAAGCGCUUCGAGUGGUCAGAAGACUAGAAAAGCGCAGUCCAUUUAUGUGCAUAAUGGUAAUACAUUUUUUAAGGUUCAGUCACAUUGUGUCAGAUAAUGCAUCCUUCGUCAAGACAAAAUUAAAUGCAUCUCUCUAUCUGUCA